ACAUUCUGAUUCUUUCCAAGAAAAAACCACAACCACCAAAAUUUCAUAACCUAUUGUUGAUACCCUUAAUUACUCUUUUCUCGAUACUUUCAUAUUCGGCAACUUUUUCUACCAUAAACUUACGAAGUGUACAUGACUACAUCACGCAUUUAAUCUGUUAUUGUCUCUAAGGCCUUGCCCCUCUAUCAAGAUGGUCACUGUUUCUACGAACGGGACUGGCCCCCAGGGCGCCUUCACUCCUGUUAUUGCGGCUCUAAAUACCAUGCGCGAUGGUGAGCGGGGACAAAAGGAGGCCGCACAUAGUUUUCUAGAGAGUUUCCAGAAGUCGGUAGGUUAUUUUUCGACACCUUUGCGCCAAACCCAUUUGUCGCUGACGCAGGCUCACUUUUUCUUAUAGGGAGAGGCAUGGCAGAUUACGAUUGGCAUCUUAUCUUCAGAUGCGGAGCCUGAUGCGAAGCUCUUCGCGGCUACUACUUUGAGAGGAAAGGUAUAUGAUCACGAACCCCACCUCUCUGGAUUCAAAUCUAAUCUUAUAGAUCACCUAUGACAUUCAACAAAUACCAAGCGACUCCUUACCAGCGCUACGAAAUCAACUUCUAGAGUUAUUGAAAGUGUUUGCGACAGGGCCACGACCGAUUCGAAUCCAACUAUGCGUUUGCUUGGCCAUUUUAGCUAUCCAGAUGACAACCUGGAAGGAUGUAGUGCCAAUGGUUGUAUCAACAUUGGGGAGCUCCGCAGAAAGUCUCGCCUGUGUCCUAGAUUUCUUGAAAGUUCUCCCAGAAGAAGUCACCGAGGGACGAAAAAUUACUUUGACAGUAUGUGGGCCGAAACACACCAUUCCCGGAACAGGUGAAACCGACUUGGGGUGGUCGAAAUGUUAUUGGGAAUAUUCAAGUCUAAUGCGUCAAUUAGGAAGAUGAGCUUCAACAGAGAACUCAGGAACUAUUGGGAGACAAUACCGCUCAAGUUGUACAGUUGUUGAUUGCAUACGCACAAUCGUCUGGUACGUAUCAGUCUCCUUGAAAUAUAACGUCAAAAGGCUAAGAAGCAUCACAGAAUCGGCCGCUACAAAUCCACAACUACUUGAAGUCAUCACAUCUUGGUUACGCGAAGUACCUGUUGCCGAUAUAGUGAAUUCACCUCUUCUGCCGGUAAUCCUCAAUGCCUUGAAUAACGACCGCUCUUUCGAAGCUGCAACAGAAUGUCUGUGUUCUAUAUUUAAGGAGACUCGUGAGGUUGACGAGUAUAUGCCUACCAUAGAGAUACUUUUGCCUCGUGUAUUGGCGCUUCAGCCUCGUAUUGCGCAAGCUGCCCAAGACGAAGAUUCGGAGUCAUUUAAAGGCUUUACUCGCGUUUUUGCUGAAGCUGGUGAAGCAUGGGUUGUCCUUAUUGCCCGUGAGCCUAAGGUUUUCCGACCUUUGGUCGAGGCUAUUUUGGAAUGUACUCACAGAGAUUUUGAUAAAGAUGCGAUUUCCCUUACUUUCAUCUUCUGGUACGAGCUCAAACUCUAUCUCAUCCUCGAGAAGUACAUCGAAGCUCGUAUGCAAUACGUGGAUGUAUACUCUAGCCUUGUGGAUAUUAUGAUGAAGCAUCUGGAAUUUCCUACAGCAGAUAGCGCGGAUGAAACGGACUUGUUCGAUGGUGAUAGAGAUGCAGAGGAAAAGUUUCGGGAAUUCCGCCACCAUAUGGGGGACGUCCUCAAAGAUUGUUGUGAGAUUAUGGGCGUCACGCCGUGUCUCACAAAAGUUUACGAUGCUAUUAAGUUCUGGAUGGGUUCUUACGCUAGCCAGGCGACUGAAGCCUCUGUUCCACAUUGGCAACAACUUGAAGCACCUCUCUUUGGAAUGCGUGCGAUGGGAAGAUUGGUCGACAAAGAUGAGGACAUCAUACUUCCUCAGAUCAUACCUCUCCUGGUUCAAAUUCCUCAUCACGAAAAACUUCGAUUUGCGACUAUCAUGGUAUUAGGUCGUUAUACGGAAUGGACAUCUAAUCAUCCCGAAUUUCUUGAGUCUCAAUUUCAGUAUAUUGUAUCUUCGUUCUCAACUGACUCUAAGGAAAUUGUCCGAGCAGCUGCCAUGGCGAUGAAAUUCUUUUGCAGUGAUUGCAAACACUUACUCGGUGGCCAAAUAGUACAAUUGCAGCAGUUCUACGACCAGACUCUCGACAAGUUACCAGGAGUUAGUCAGGAAGAACUCACGGAAGGUGUUGCAUCUGUUGUUGCUGUUCAACCACCAACACAAACGUAUCAACUCCUUAAAUUAUAUUGUGACCCAUUGAUGGCUAGGCUGAUGGCCCUGGCAAAUCAAGCCAACGAUGACGAUUCAAAACUUAAAGUUGCUGGUCAGUGUCAUCUCCGACAAAGCUUACCGAAAUCUACUGACAAGAAUCUAGAUCAUAUGCAACUGAUUACAUUAUUUAUACAGAUCGUUAGUCCUUGGAUUGAGCCAAAUCAGGACAAUCCAGCUGUAAAAUACUGCCAAGAGAUCUUCCCCAUUUUAUCGACUAUCUUAGAUUCAUUUAUGACUUUCACUCCAAUUUGUGAGAGAGUUUGCCGUACAUGGAGAUAUAUGAUCAUAUCAUAUCGAACAUCAAUGGCUCCUCUCCUUCCCCAGAUGGCCAACAAACUAGCAGAAGGCUUCGCAGCGUCCCGACAGGGCUGUUUCUUGUGGGUCACGAGUGCUAUUUUGCGUGAGUUUUCCGAGGAUCGAGAGCACGUCGACGAACAAACGACAGAAUCAAUCUACACCUUCUUUGAAGCCCAAUCGACAGCGAUGCUGAAGGCAAUGGCUGAUCUUCCACCCCAAGAUCUCCCCGAUGUUAUCGAGGAUUUCUAUCGUCUCUUACUUGACGCCUUACUAUACUACCCUCAUAAAAUGAUCCGAUCGCAGCUAUUCACGCCAAUUUUCAGGGCAGCCAUAGCUGCCUUAGAUCUCGAGCAACGCGAACCUCUCUCUGCAGUUCUGCACUAUCUCCGUGAUGUCAUCAGCUACGGUGGUGACAAUCCUUCAAGUUCAGCAUCUAACAUAAAUCCGCCCGAGAUUCAGCAAUUGGUCCGGCAGCUUAUUCUUGCUAACGGCAAUGAGUUAGUGAAAGGAAUUAUGAAAGGCAUGAUGAUUAGUUUUCCAGGAGACUGCUUUACUGAUGGCAGUGGCGUUUUACUCGGUUUGUUUGAAAUCCUACCGCAAGAAACUACCAGUUGGGUCGACGGGAUUCUACGCAUGCUGCCAGCUGGAACCGUCAGGGAAGCCGAUAUCGAUCGGUUGAUGAACAGCAUUCGAGAAAAGCUUAGCAUCGGUCAUGAUGGUGUCCGAAAAGUUCGAAGCUUAUUGCAAGACUUUACCAACACUUAUCGGAGACGAUAUGUUGCUCCUAGGGAUGGUUUAGGCCGACUUGAAGCCACUAGGUUUCAAUAUAGUGGUUAGAUAUUUUCUUUUUGAAAAACAUUAUACACUCAAAGAGAGUCUUCAUAUCCGACUUUCAUUUUCAGUUGUUGCAACGGCAUAGCAAUUAGGCCGGCGGAUGGCGAAGAUUUCCUUUCCUUGCCAGAAAGUAGUCAUAGCGUGGUGAAAAAGCUCGAACGAAAAAGCCGAGUGGUCACCUUCGGACCGGAGUUGGGAUAAUAUGGGUGAGUAUAUUUUGGGGCCUUUUAUGUGGUCGUAUGGACUAGUUAGUGAAGGGAUGGGCAAUUUCCAGAGGGAUGAUGUUAAAUAACUUUUCUUACUACGGUUAUGGAUUAUAGAUGAUUGUAUGAUGUGAUUUGUGAUGGCAUAGAGAAAUGAUGAAGAUGAGCCAUGAAUGAAAAGGCGCAAGAUACUUUGGGCUGUAAAUAGAAGCGUGGAAUUCAUGUUAUUUUGAUGACAAUAUGAGAUAUGGCUUUAAUAU